UUAUUAACUCAUCCAAAGAUUAUGUUUUUAAUAUUUGUGUUUUAACUUCAAUUCGCUUUGAGACAAUAAAUAAACUUUAGUAUCUAUGUCUUGAAUUAUAACUUUUAUAUUUUACGCUAUGGGUGGUAAAAAAGAACCAUCAAAAAAUCGAAUGUAUGAAAAAGAAAGAAGAGAUCGAUUAAAUGUAAGUUUUGAAGAACUGAGAACAGUACUACCUAUAUCAGAAGCAAACUCUGUAUUAGGAAAAGCUGAAAUUAUAAAUCAUGCUGUUGAUUAUAUUAGAGUUUUACAAAAUGAAAAACUUCAAGAAUCUAAUAUCAAUCGUAAAGAAGUAUUGCGUUUAAAAAAUAGAAUUUCUCAAUUGUGUAAUAAAAUUAAAUAUUUAUUUUCAAUUUUAAGAGAAGCCAAAAUACAGUUACCAAAAGAUAAAAAUUUGAAAAAAAUUAUUUUAAAAACUGGUUGUAAGUCAAAACAAAUAAAAGAAUCUUGCAAUAAGUAUUGUUGUUUAAAAAAACUAAAAAAAAAACCAAGAUUGCUGCCAAAUCCAUCUCCAACUAUUUUACAAAAUAAAUCAAUCAAACUACCUAUGUUAACAUCUAGCAAUAAACCAACAAUUAUUUUUCCAAAUGGUCAUUUAAUUAAAAUAGAAACUUUACCUGUUGUACCCCAACCUCAAAUUUUGUAUGAUAUACCUAAAAUAUUACUUUUGCAUGAAUACAAAAACUCUGAUCGUUUGAUUGUACCAAAAAGAAAUGAUGCUACAAACACUACCUCAGUGAAUAAGAGACCAAUACCAUCUUUAGCAUCAUAUAAUAAUUUAUUAAAAAAGACAGACUUAGCUAAAAAUAAUUCAAAACAUUCUAAUGAAAGUGCAUGUAAUGUACAAGUUGGAUGCAUUAGUAAAACUAAAAACAAAAAAUUAGUAGAAGAAAAAAUAGACAUAAGUAGUGAUAAAAUAGACAAAAAUUUUCCAGAACCACUUGUUAUUAAUGAUAAUAAAUGUAAUAAAAAUCAUACUAUUGAAGCUAUUGUAAAAGAUAUUAAUCAAGAAAAAGAUGAAAAGCAAAAUGACAGUGAAAAAAAUAUUCUAAAUAAUGAUAAAAGUUCCAGUACAUCUAAAAAUAUCAUUAAACACAACGAUUCUGAAACCAAUGAUAGCAACAAUACAUCAAAUAAUUUAUCUACUGAAUCAACAAAACAAAAUACAUUGGCUGUAGUAAACUCAUUAAAUAUUUUAAGUGAUGAAAAUCAAGGGAAAUCAAUGGAAACUGCUAAAAAUAUUAUGUCUUGUUUUGAUGACAUCCGUUUGCCCAUACCUAGUAACGAUUUUCCUUCUGAUUUAUUCAGUACUCUCAAUGGGCCGGUGGGAAGUCAUCACGCAGAUUCAAUGUCACCAACGGAAGCUUUCCUGCUUUCAUUUCCUCUUGUUUCAAAUACAAAAAAUACUAACAUUUUAAAUGAAACUGAACAAAGUGAUAUAAAUUCAACAACUCCAACUACAAUUCUUCAAAUUGGAAAUCUUGAAUCUCCAGCUACUGAACUCUUCCAAAAAAAUAUUGAAGAUUGUGAAAAAGAUCAUAAUAAAAGUAAAGAUAAAGAUAAUUUUGUAUUUAAUGAAAAAACAUAUUUUAAUGAUAAUUAUUUAGAUACUAAUAAAAAAAGUAAUGAACUGUAUGACUUUAAUAAAGACAAUAGGAAAUUCAAAUCACUAUCCACUUCUCAAUCAUCUAUUUCUAGUUAUCACAAAGCUAGUUAUAAUGACAUUUCUUCAUACUAUAAAACAUCAUCAACAGGUUCUGAUCUCUGGAGGUAUUCAAAUUAUAAUUCAUAUGAUAAAAAUAUUAUUAAAAAUACAAAAAAAAAUGAUAAAUCUACUUCUACUGUCUUUACAAAUAAUGUUUCUUAUGUCCCAUAUGAUUUGAAUACAACUACUUAUAUAGAUACAGAAAAUUAUAGUGAAAUAUGGCCACAUAAACCAAAACAAAAAAAGAAACAAAAUGAAAAAAAUACCUUAGUUAAUUGGAUGACUGAUAAAAGUUGUCAAAACACAUAUUCUAAAAAAGAUAAUGAAAACUUUCAAAAGAAAAAUAAUUUUGAUGUGCAUUUUGAUGUACAAUCUGACUCUAAACAAGCUUUUUCGUGGUCACCAUCAAAAACUCUACCAUUACUCCCACAUUUAGACUCUAAUAUGCCUUCUACUUUGCCAACAUUAGUAGGAGACUUGGCAUUGAAUAACAGUUCAAAUACUCAGUAUGAUCAGCGACUCUAUGAUUGUAAUAAGAAAAAUGAUAGUUUAACUAUUCCUAAUAAUGAUCAAACUAUAUUCAAUUACAAUAGUAUGAAAUCACGACCUAUAAACUCAAAUUUUCUAUCUGUUAGUCAAUUAGUUGAACAACCUAAAACAAAUGAUAAAGAUAAAGGAAGAAAUAUUAAGGAUUAUUCUUGUGUGUAUCAAAAUCAGAAAACUAAUAAAGAUAAUUAUCAAAGUCAAACAAAACAUUUUUAUACUAAUUCGAAUCUAUUUGAACAAGACCAGUCAUGGGUGCGUUCAAAAUAUUUGCAUGAUUCAAGUAAAUCAACUAAUCACAGUGCUGAGUCACUAAUCAAACAUCAACAAAAAAAUUAUACCCAUUCAAAGUCAAGUAUUAAAAAUCAAAUUUGGUCAAAUAGUAAACAAACUAUGUAUUACAAAACUGGGCAAAAACAAAAUUUCAAUAAUAAUGAAAACAUCAAUACUUAUUAUAACCACAAUAGUAAUUAUUUAUAUGAUACUGGAAAAGAUUUGGAUAAACAAACAUCAUAUCAGCUGAGUACAAAUUUUUAUACUCCAGUAACAACAAAACACACUAUACCAAAUUAUAUUCCAUUACCAACAUCAUUUAAUAUGACAAAUUCUAGUUUCAAUAAACCAGCUCAGCAUUUUGCUCAAAAUACCAAUUACUAUUCUAAUAGUAGUAAUGUAAAUACAUUAACCAACUUCAAUUUAAGUACUAUAUUUCCAGAAAUAAAUGAUAAGGAACCAAAUAAUAUUGCACCUUUAGAUACUCCGUCGAAAAAUAUGGAAUAUGAAGUAAUAAAUAAUUAUGGAACUGUAGUUCAUCCACCAUUUUGAUUUUCUUAGAGAUAAUUAUAUUCUUCAUUCAAUAUGAAAGACUUUGGAGUCUUAGAAGUGGCUGUGAUUGAAUAUUCGUGGUUAGUAAUAUUUUAAAAAAAGUUAAUAGAAAAUAUUAAUAGUUUAAUCAAUUGGAAGAAUUUUUUCAAGGAGGCACAAUUUCAGCACCCUGUUGAGACUCUGAUUUAAUAAAUGAGAAUCAACAUCUUGAGUAUAUAUAAAUACAUUACAUAGUGAUUGUUUUUAUAAGUAAAAAUAUGAUUAAUUUUGUUUGAAUAUGUAUAAUAAUUUAAAUUUUAUUCCUAGGUACCUAUAGUUCAGUGAUAAAUUCAGCCAUGGAAAAAUUAGUUUUAUUUUUAACUGUAGUUUACAGGUUUUUAUUUUACUAGCUAAAUGGGCCAUAUUUUUAAGUUGCAUA